AUUCGCAACAUUUCUCUAGAGAGAUCGGCAUUCUCAUUCGACAAUAUGCCGAUCCCGACUACGACCGAUGGGAUAAAGUACCCAGCGAAGUUAGAGAUCUCAUACUUCCUCGUCUAGAGGUAAUUUAUUUCUAUAAUUUUUUUAUUGGGUUCACUUUAAUAUUAAAUCUAGCUAAUUUAUUUUAUUUUUUUGAUUCAGGAUGAUUUAUUCGACAUUGGUCGAAGUCGAUAUGCCUCAGAGAACCUCCCUGGCAUUCUUUUGGGCAUUUAACGGUCGUGCGUUGAUCGUUACUCAGAGUGGAAGAAUGACUUGUCCACUCAUUUAAAAAAGAAUGGUCGAGUACAUCCUCCUGAUGGUUUGGUGGUGGAGAAAUGGCAGAAGGCGCUCCAGUAUUUUGAUCGCCCUGAAGUGAAGGUAUUCACAAAAAUAUUAUUUUUUAAUUUAUUUUUGUUAAUUUAACAUAUGGUUAACACAAGUUCUUUGCAGAGGCGUUCUGAGACUAACUCUGCGAACCGUGCAAAACAAAAACAGAGAAGCGUGCAGGGUUCACAGUCUACGCCAGCCCUUCGUUGCAAGAAGGUACUUUCCUUUUUACAUAAUUUUUAUUUAUGUUUUUUUAUAAUGAUUUUUUUUUCUUAAUUUUUUUCAAACUUCUUGUAUUGUAGUGUGAUUUACAAACUGGGUGUCUUGCUGGGGUUCCAGAGAUUUGGAUGGCGACUAAGUACAUAGACGGGGAAGGUUGGGUGAGCAAGGCAGCAAAGGAUAACUAUGAAAAGAUGAUGGAGAUACGUGACACUCUGCAGUCACAAUCAUCUACGAGCGCCUCUGCUUCGAGUAUUAUCCCGAGAGAAGAGGAUGACAUUAUUCUUGUUGAGACGAUCUUUGGACGUCGUCGAGGCUAUCAGCCGGGCCUUGGUCAUAGGAUUCGCACGAGGGCGAAUUGUGAAGAGGCUGAUGUACCUCAACCAGCCCAACCACCUCCUACCGCACAAGACAUGCAAGAGGUGAGGGAGCGACUCCAAGCCAUAGAGGAGCACUUGGCUAGGAUUGGUGGAGUCUCGGGAUCUGGAUCUUCUCAGCAAGGUCAUGGUGCCGAUCCUACAACACCUAGUUAAAAACAUUUAUAUUUAUGUAUUUUAAUUUUACUAUGAUAGUUACUUUGUCAUAAAAAUAUUUAUAGUAAAAAUAUAAUUUUGUGCAUAAUUAAAUUUCUCUUCUAUUUCAAAUCUUUUAG